UUGUUAUUUAGAUAUAUUGAAAAAUGUCGUCAUGCAUUUAUCAUUAAACAUUGGCUGUAAUUUGUCUUCAUGCUUUCUUAAUUUAAUUCCAAAAAAAAUAAUUUUAAUUGAGUAAGGAUAGCAAAAGGAAUUUGAUUAUAAUUUGGAGCUAAUCCAGAUCUCAUGGACGAAUCAAAAUUGAAAAAAAUAAGCUUGAAAUAUUCAGUUUAUCCUGCAGGAAUAAGAAACCCAUAUUUCUCUGCAUAUCUGACCCCAUAGAUGUGAUUUUUUUGUGAACACCUGUGGGCUGUGUAAGAUGUGUCUCUGUGUCUCAGUGAUAGAGGAACGAGAAGGUUUGAGAAGCGCACACACAUUUUGGCGUUCAGCAUGGGCUCUCCUGUGUGUGUCGGGCUGAUGCUGAUGCUGAUGCUGCUGGUCAGUUCUCGCGGCUCCAGUGGUGUGUGCCCUCGUCAGUGCGCGUGUUCAGUGUCCGCUGAAGUUCACUGCACCUUUCGUGCACUCGCCACCGUGCCCGCGGGCAUCUCCAAACAAGUUCUGCGCAUUAAUUUCGGGUUCAACGCUAUAAAUCACAUCACAGACGUCUCUUUUGGUGGCCUUCGGAAGCUGGAGCUACUGAUGAUGCACGGCAACAAUGUGCAGAAAAUAUCAGAUGGUGCUUUUCAGGACCUGGUUUCGUUGCAGGUUUUAAAAAUGAGUUACAACAAACUGAGAGUCAUUACCGGGCACACCUUCUCUGGUUUGACGGGCCUCAUUAGGCUUCAUCUGGACCACAACCGCAUCGAGUUCAUCCACCCGGAUGCGUUCAGUGGGAUGACGUCGCUUCGUUUGCUCCACCUAGAGGCCAACUUUCUCCAAAAGCUCCAUCAUGCUACGUUCAGCACCUUCUCGCUACUACAGCGCUUCCCCGUGUCCAGCCUGAAGCAUCUGUAUCUCUCGGACAACCUCCUGCGCUCGCUACCCCCAAACCUGCUGGAGAACAUGCCUCAGCUGGAGAACCUCUUCUUAUGCGGGAACCCGUGGAGCUGCGACUGCCGGAUGAGCUGGUUACAGGACUGGAGCGCAAGAAAUGCAGGGGUGAUGAAAUGCAAGAAGGACAGAACGUUUGUCAGCGGUCAGCUCUGUCCGCGUUGCUCGUUUCCUAAACACCUUAAAGGGCACGACAUCUCGGAUCUUAAAGAGUUCAUCUGCUCUGGACCAGCUAUCAACUCGCCAGGAAAAAACAUCUCGCAUGAGGACAGCAUCAGUGAACUUCUGCCCAUCGACAGGAUCAAACCACCGUUUGGAAAUGUCUCCUUUGGUUUAUCCGAUGAGCAUGGGACUAAAGUGGACUUGAUCUGCCAAAUACUCGAACCAAGAGAGGCCACUAAAAUCAGCUGGAAUUACACUAAAUCAAUGCAGAUCGCUGCUAACAUGACGCUAUUCUUUGACGUGGAGUGUCCUGUGGAUAGAGACAGCUAUGAAAGCUUUUGGAGGCUUCUCGCUUACUACAGCGAAGUUCCCAUGCAUCUGCGACGAGAGAUCAUGCUGAGCAGAGAGCCGGAGCUGAGCUACAGAUACAGACAGGACAUCGAAAAGGACUCCUACUUUUACACCGGCGUCCGAGCUAAUGUUUUAACCCAUCCACCUUGGCUCAUGCAGUCCUUCAUGAACAUCAAGUUAAACAGACCGUAUUCCUCCUCCAAAAGUGUGAGACUCAUUCUCAACACUCAUUUGACCACCACCACAGACAAGGAGCUCGUCAGACCUUGGGUCAUGAUUGAAGACGAUAAUAAAACCCAAACGAGCUUCAGUUGUGUAGUCGGUGGUGUGAUUGAAAUGGACUGCCGUGUGCAAAGCUCUGGAAAUGCAGCCGUUCGAUGGAUGAUGCCCGAUGGCUCGAAUAUUAAAGCUACGUUUAGCUCGGCCGAUAACAGAGUGAGCGUCUCUAGAAGCGGCAAGCUUCACGUUAAAUCCGUCGAGCACCGAGACUCUGGCGUAUAUUACUGCAUUGCCGAGAUUGCAGGAGAUAUCGAUGUUCUGCCUUUCCGCUUAUCAGUUAUGGACUCUUCAAGCCCUCUUCCAGGUCAACAGGUUGGGAAUGCUUUAAGUAAGUUCGUUGGCGAGUCCGCUUCUGUGCCGUGUCUUACUACGGCAACACCAGAUGCGGUGGUGAAUUGGAUCUUUCCAGAUGGCAAUGUACUGAACGCCAAUGCAAAUACAUCCAAGGCUUUAAUCUUUUCCAAUGGGACUUUGUUCCUUCCUCAUAGUCAGCUUAACAACAGUGGAUAUUACAAAUGUGUCGCCAUGAACCAGCAUGGUGUGGAUGUACUGGCUACUAAGCUAACCGUCUUGAGACGGAGAGUAAUUCAGCCGCUGCGACAGUAUCCCGUCAGACCUCAGUCCGCUGCGGGAGUGUCCACUAAGGUAAAGGCCUUUUUGGAAGAUGUGGAAGAUGCUUCUGGAGAUGGUUCUGAACCUAACAGAAGCUUUAUGAAUCGAAGGAGGGGUCCGAAAGGCAAAUUUCGCCGUAGGCGACCCUUUAGAAAGGGCGUGCAUGGAGCCGUCACAAAUCAAAGAACUGUUAACGGGAAGCCCAAAAUAGACCCCCUGAAGUGGGCCAAGCUUUUGUCCAAAAUCCGAGAGAAAACCUCUCCGAGAAACUCAUCAAAUCACAUUGGCCAUAAAAGUCCACAGAUGGGGAAUGAAGAUCAUCCGGGAUCGAUUGACAACACCGAGAGUUCUUCUGGCGACUCCGGUCUACCGGAGGACUCGACCACUUUUGGCACUCCACGCCAAACGGAUGUUUACCACACGCAUGCAAUUACACAAAAUUAUAACAUCUACAAGACGGCACUUCCAGAAUUACACACUAGCUCAGACUCAAAUCCCACAUCUGGACCUCAUUAUGUUAUGACAGAGGUGGAUGUAGCUGAAGGAGGGUAUGUGAGUACCAUAAGUGCAGAGAACGACCAAGUAAACUCCGGGUCUGUCAUCAAACCGAAGUCUGAGACACUUAAUUUCUCCGGAAAGACGCAGAUUGGUGGGUUUGAUUCUGGACAGCUUGAAAGCACUUUAUUUCCUACCACAUCAACCGGCAGCAUUAGCCCAACACAAUCGAGAGAUCACUGGAGCUCCAGGCGAAGAUUUGGAGGCAGACGACGAAUAAAACUCAGAAGGCCAAUGCCAAACCUUGCUAGACGAAGACCUUGGGUAACAUCUACAGUUGCAGGAGUUCAUGGACCAACUGUAGCUUUGAAAACAGAGGACACAUCGAUCCAUCCGGCUACUACGACUGCUCACACAUCAAUCCAUCCAACUAUCCUUGUAACUGCUGAAUAUACGAGUACUACCCAUAUAUACCCUACAACCCUAUCUGAAGGCACGUCAGUCCAUCCAUUUACGUCUCACUUUCAUCCUACAGUGCAGAGAGAGUUAACGAAUGCCAUUGAGGAGAUUGCAAUUGAGAAAACUGGUCUAGACAUCCACAAAGUAAAGGCAAGUAAUUUCCUCCAAAUUCAAGAGAUGACGAGCUCUACAUCUCACCCCAUGAGAACAGCAUCGGCGACAGGGUCUUCUACAUUGGCUUCAGAAAAUGAAGACAUUACUUCUUUAGAGGAGGAAGAGGUUGAAAGCGUUGCAUCCGCCAAGGAGAUGGAUGAGUACAUGGUUCCCAUGAGUGUACCUCCAACAUCUCGAUAUGGCACUGAAACUGAAACGGUCCCAAUGACAAGGGCUUGGCAGGAGUUCACAAGAGUUUCAACAGCAUUACCAAAAGCCAACUUUACAUUGGACGCAGACGGGCCGGAUUUCGUGAACUUACCUGAAUCACACUUUAGAGAUGAUCUAAGAGAGGACACAUUGGAAGCAACUAGUGCAAAAGAAUCUAAUGUCACCUCCAUGCCACAACCCCAAGACUACUCGCUUUCACAACCAAAUCCAAACUUUAAAGAAGAAGAAUCAGUUCACGACACGGUAUCUUUAUCCUCAACAGCAGAGUCUGUUGGGACACAAAUCAAGUCUUUAGCUACAAGUUCACGAACGCCAACCCAUAUUACUCGCAGUAAAACCAAUGUGAUACCAAACUUGAUUUCUAAUGAAGAACCUACAACUUCACUGCCCACAAUUACGUUUCCAGCAACUACAGUCAUGAUUCCCAUCACAACCCAACUUAUUAGAACAAUACCACCAUCUACUACACUGGCGACAGCAUCCAAAUUAUAUUCUACAACUACACAUGUUGUAAAGUUAACACCCAGUUAUCUCUUACCGGACAACAGAAUCCCAUUUUACUCAAGAAAUCCUGGAACGAACUACAUAGAUUCCAGGCACAGGGAAAGAAUUCCCAUUACUAAUCACAGGUAUCCAUACUAUCAUAUUAGAAACCCAUCUGUCAAUAUGAGACCAGAACUUCCCAUGACCACGGAUUUAAACUCUGUCAACAACAUCAAAUCAACUACAGCCCCUAAAACAUUGACAGCAACUGCUAGAUCAGCCGACCCAAGUCCCACAAUUGCAUCAAACAACCAAAUUCAGAUUUCCCAAUCCAUAAACAGACAGUCGAGUGCAGUUCUUUCAUCUCAAGGAUCGCAAACUCUUCCCGUCCUGCAAAUGAGACCCAGAAUCGCUGCCGCCAAACUGCACACGGUCACUGUGAAUGCUGGGACAGAUGUGCAGUUACCAUGCGAUUCUGUGGGGGAGCCGAAGCCCCUCCUGACCUGGACUAAAGUCUCCACAGGAGCUAUCAUGUCAACCAACACCAGAAUCCAGCGGUUUGAAGUCCAGUCCAACGGCACAUUUGUCAUCCGUAACGUUCAGCUUCAGGACCGCGGGCAGUACCUGUGCAGCGCUCGCAAUCUACACGGCAUUGAUAAGAUGAUGGUGACCCUGGUGGUGUCGGCCCACGGGCCCAAGGUGACCCUUCCACGUCAUCAAGAUGUGACGGUGUUCCUGGGAAACAGUGCACUCUUGGAAUGCCAAGCACAAGGUCUCCCAAUCCCAAACAUCAGCUGGGUGCUUCCAAACCGUUCGGUGGUGCGCGCCGCUAGUACCAGCGAACAGAAGAUCACGCUCUUCGCCAAUGGAACGCUUCAAGUCAAAGACACCAAUUACCUGGACAGGGGCGUCUACAAAUGCAUAGCGAGCAACGCUGCCGGAGCCGACAUGCUUUCCGUGAGGCUCCAAAUUGCAGCGUUGCCUCCCAAGAUCCAAGAGCAGCGUUGGGAAAACCACACCGUUUCUGACGGCCAGUCGGCGUUCGUUCACUGCACCGCUAAAGGCUCGCCAAGUCCCGCAAUCCGAUGGGUCACGGUAACCGGCACGCAGCUUCGCCCCUCGCAGUUCAUCAACAGCAACUUGUUUGUUUUCCCCAACGGGACGCUGUUUAUUCGCAAUCCUACGGAGAAGGAUUCUGGGAAUUACGAAUGUGUUGCUGUGAAUUCUGUGGGCGUGGUUAAAAGGAUUGUAAAUCUGCAGGUGAAGAGGAGCUCGACUUCCGCCAGGAUCACGUCCGCUUCCGCAAACAACACUGAUGUCCGAUACGGAUCUCGACUGAGUCUCGACUGUUCGGCCACUGGAAGCCCCAAUCCUAGGAUCAUCUGGAGGACACCUUCGAAAAAACUGGUUGAUGCAUAUUACAGCUUUGAUCGCAGAAUGAAAGUGUUCGCUAACGGCACCCUAACCAUCACGUCAGUGACCGAGAACGAUGAGGGCGACUAUCUCUGUGUGGCCAGAAACAAGAUGGGUGACGACUACGUCCUCCUUAAAGUCAACGUGAUGAUGAAAGCCGCUAAAAUCGACCGCAAGUCCCUGAGCGACCACAAGGUGUCGUACGGAGGAGAGCUCAAAGUGGACUGCGUCGCUUCAGGUUUUCCCAAUCCAGAAAUCACGUGGAGUCUCCCCGACGGUACCAUGGUCAACAGCAUUGCACAGUCCCACGAUAACUCGAUCCGCACCAAGAGAUACGUGAUGUUCGACAACGGCACGUUAUAUUUAAACGAAGUGGGAAUGAAAGAGGAAGGCGACUACACGUGCUAUGCCGAGAAUCGGAUUGGGAAAGACGAAAUGAAGGUUCACAUCAAGGUACUAGCGGAUUCUCCGAUCAUUCGAAACAACGCUUACAGCGUAAUCAAAAUUCCUUACGGGGAAACAGCCGUCCUGAACUGUAGCGCCAAAGGAGAACCGAUUCCCAGAAUCACAUGGACGUCUCCGGAUCAACGCGUCAUAGCGCCAGUAUCCGAAAACUACCAGGUCUCCAACGAUGGCACUUUACACAUUCAGAAAAUCCAAAGGUUUCACUCCGGAAAUUAUACUUGCUUAGCCAGGAAUGUUGUGGGAAUGGACAAGAAAGUCGUUUAUGUUGAAGUCCUCGUGUCGCCGCCGGUCAUCAACGGAUCCGAGAGUCCCGGGAUCAUCCGUAAAACUGUCGUGAAGGAUCAGCAUGUGCUUUUAGACUGCAAAGCAAACGGGAACCCAGUUCCAAAGAUCAUGUGGGUGUUUCCCAACAACGUCGUGCUUCCCGCGCCGUACUACGGCUCACGGGUCACGGUCCACCUCAACGGAUCCCUGGACAUCCAUGCGGCGCGGAUUAGCGAUUCUGCUACGUUGCUUUGCAUCGCACGCAAUGAAGCCGGAGAAACCAAACUCCAGGUUCACCUUGAGGUGACCGAGGAAGUUGAAAAGCCACGGUUGAGAAGUCUUCCCACAGAGUCCGUGUCGCUUACCGACGGGAAACUAUUGAGUCUAAACUGUUCAAUAGAAGGAAAACCGACUCCGGAGAUCACAUGGAUCCUCCCGAACGGGACUUCUCUUCUAAAGGGAACCAGCAUUUUCCGGUUCAAUCACCGGUUUGACGGAACGCUGGUCAUUCGAGAGCCGACGGUUUCUGAGGUUGGCCGUUAUCGGUGCGUUGGGCGAAACAGCGCUGGAUACGUCGAGCGGACUGUGACGUUACAGUCCGACAGAAAACCAGACAUCAUAAACCAAUACAGCUCACUCGUUAGCAUCAUAAACGGUGAGAAUCUGCAGCUUAACUGUAUGUCCGCCGGUUAUCCGUUGCCUAAACUCACAUGGACUUUACCGAACGGAGUCGUUCUAACAAGGUCGCAGGCGACGGGUCGUUACGCUGUUUUGAACAACGGGACUUUAUCCGUAGAACGGACGUCUGUGUAUGACAGGGGAAUGUACGUCUGCCAGACAAUCAAUGAAUUUGGAUCUUCCAGUCUGUCGGUUUCGGUGAUCGUAAUCGCGUAUCCUCCGCGAAUAACCAGAGGACCCGCGCCGGUAACCUACGCCCGUCCCGGUGUAGCGGUUCAGCUAAACUGCAUGCCUCUCGCCACACCGAAAGCCGAGGUGGUUUGGGAAAUGCCUGACGGUCUUCAACUGAAGGUCGGCGUCCAGCCGCGUCUUUACGGAAACAAGUAUCUCCAUCCACAGGGUUCACUGGUCAUACAAAACCCUUCCGCUAAAGACAACGGCGUCUAUAAGUGCACCGCCAAGAACGUUGUGGGAAGCGACAGCCGGUCAACGUACGUCUACGUGUUUUGAUCAAGCGAUUGUCUCUCUCUUGAAUCUAACAAGUGAUUUAAACUGCAGUUCCUCCACUGGCCACUAGGGGCUGGCUGCAAAAGAAAGUCACUCCCAUAGACCCGCAUGUUAAAACGCCCAACUUUACAGCAGAAAUAAACAUGUUUAAAGUCUGGUGCAAAAACUGGUUUUGGUCUAUAUCGCUAAUGU